CUCGAAUGGAGAUCCUGAUGAGUUUGUGUGUGAGCUGGUGUUCGCUCUUCCGAAAGACUAUUGGUGACAGCAGGUACAGGCUCAAAAUCCAUGUUAACAAACUCACUACGGUCUUCGACAUCCGCAGACGGAGAGUGGCCUUCACCCAGUGUGGUGAUCUCCUGGUGAUCGUGCUGAUCCGGGGGCUUGAGCGGGCUAGGUGCAGAUGCUUGCUUGCCCUUGCCAACUACUUCGACUGAUCGUUUACUAUACCACUAUGGCAGGAAGAAUCGAUACGCCCGUCGCAAGCGAUGCGCCAGCACGCCGGGGGGUGUACCUGCUCUCGCAUCCACGGUCCGCGUCCAACUUGUUCCAGAGAAUGAUGGAAAAGCAGCCGGGCUUCCAGAUCUCAAAAUACAAAUUGCACGAUUCGCAGGCGUCGUUGACGCAGCUGCUUAAAGGUCGCUUAAGUGAAUGGUCGGAUGAGGAGCGCGAGGCCUUGUAUGACAUGUUCCGGGCUGGAUUUGACAAAGUUCAAGACGAACUGGCAGAUGCAAGAAAAAAUGGCAAUCAGCUCUUUAUGAAAGAUCACACUAUGUUCCUGUCAGGUCCGGACAAACUCUUCGCCCGCACCUUUGAUGGAGAUGAAGUGGAUCCCCUCGUCGUCUAUGAGCGCAACGCGCCUAAGUCUACCCAAACCAACCCGACUAGCAUGCCUGACAGUCUACUGCUCUCCAUGCAGCCGAUCUUCCAGAUCCGACACCCAGUACUCAUGUUUCCGUCGAUGCUCCGCGCUCUGAUCAAGGUCCAGGGCCGUGCCCGUCCACGCGACCUGUCAGUCACGCCGCUGCUGACGCUGCGAUAUUCUCGUGAUUUGUUCGACUGGUACCUCAACCAUGGGGGUGAGGUGAAGCCGAAGGUCAUCGAUGCUGAUGACAUUAUCAACGAUAGAGCUGUAGUUCGACAGCUCUGUAUCGAGACGGGCAUGGACCCCGAUGCUGUGCAGUACGAGUGGGAGAUCCGAGAAGACAAGGACCCGCACCAGGCGAUUAUGAGGUCCACCAUAAAUGCGUCCACGUGUAUCAUCCCAGGCUUGGUUGCCCGAGGUCUUGACUUUGAAAUUGAGAAGGUGAAGUGGAAAGCAGAGUUUGGUGAAGAGGAUGGCGAAGAUCUUGCGAUGGCUGUCCACGAUGCGAUGCCAGACUAUAACUAUCUACUAACCCAUCGAGUUCUUCCUGGUAAGUGAACAUACAAGGCAUCUAACCUGUCGCACACAGGCAAAAUCUUCCACCUUCUCAAUUUCAAAGUCAAGACCACACACAUCUCACCUGUCGCCAGCAAUCGAGUGAUUGGGUGAUUCUGGAAUGGUGCUCAUGGCAGGAUGUAGAUACUUCGACCGAUUGGUGAUUUGCUUCCAAGUUCUCUGGACGCUUGACUCCAUCUGUCUCCGAGCAAGUUGUUCUAGGAGAUUUUUAUUCCAUCAUUUGCUGAUUACUCUAUUCCUAGAUUUUAAUGGAAAGGAAUACGGAUGCACUCAUGUGAGUUAUAAUCACGCAACAGUUGUGACUACGUCUCCGUACAAUGUUUCACUGUAGCUGUCAGAUGUGUUUGCAAUGGUCUUAUUGCCCAAGCUGUAAUUGCAGAAGACGUUGAAAUAAGAGUGAUUUGUGC